GUCGAUUAUCUGGAUUCUGGAGGGAGAGGCCGAGAGAGGGAGAGGGAGAGGGAGAGGGAGACACAGGGCGCGGGCAACUAGAGAUGGCGGCGACUUGGGUGUUUGGGUAUGGCUCUCUCAUAUGGAAGGCGGGUUUCCACUACGAUGAGAGGCGGGUCGGUUUCGUCCGAGGAUUUCGCAGAGUCUUCUACCAAGGCAGCACGGAUCACAGAGGGACGCCUGACUUUCCCGGAAGAACAGUCACUUUGGAACCCCUCACCGAAGCAACCUGCUGGGGAGUUGCAUACAGGAUACCAGAAGAAGAAAAGAAGAUUGCACUAGAGUCUUUAGAAAUAAGGGAAAAACAGUACGACUUGAAAAAAACUCACCUUAAUAUAUUUAUUCAGGAUGAAGCCUCUUCUAUUCCUGCCAUCAAUGGUGUUAUGGUUUACAUAGGUUCAGAAGACAAGAAAACCAAUCCAAAUUAUUUGGGACCAGCAUCACUUGAUGAAAUGGCCAGACAAAUUGCUGUGGCCGAAGGCCCUUCGGGACCCAACACGGACUAUCUUUUCCAUCUUGAGGAGUCACUAAAACAAAUUGGAUGUGAGGACCCCCAUGUUACCGAUCUCGUUGCGGCCGUUAGAAGAGUUGUCUCAACAAAAGAAGGUGCAUGAACUUUGAAAGGCAGAACCAUCCAUCUUCUAAGUUGAAAAAUGAUUUUUCUCAAAGCUAUCCAACACCUCCAUUCCAUUUUAUGUCUACAUCGUGGUCUGGUAAUCAAGAGAAGGGAUCCGAUAUUUACAUAGACAUUUUUUGCCUGAUUGCUCAGGUAGUUCAUUGAACUAUUUACAUUUGUUAAUGACAACUAGAUUAUUUCAAGCCCAAUGAUAAUGUAUCGGCAUAAUUAGUUCACAUUUGUACUCUUCUCACUUUAAAAAAACACAUCUUGUUUUCUCUUA